AAUCAUAGUCUAUCUAAGGACUUUGACUGCCCAAGAUGAUUACAUAAACCGUGCAAUAUCCAAUUGCGUGUAUAUGUUUGACAUAGUCCUCAGUGCACAGGUUAAAAUAAGAAAGACGAAUUCAAAGAGAAAAGGAUACUAAAGCAUGGAAAGUCAAACAAUAAGGCAGCUACGACAAAACGCCGAUGAAAUAUCCAGAAUACAAAACGGAAUGUUUCAGAAGCAAUGUAUGUUAUAUAGUUGGUCAAUUGCAGGUAACAUUAGCAGUAUACUAGCUACAUAUACAGCUGGUAGAUCACUUGACCUACUUUCAUCACUAUUAUACAUUGGUAGAUACGUAGUACUUUUAUUCAGAUUACGUCCACUGGAAAAAGAGAUAACAUCUUCCGAAGACGAAAUUGACCACAUUUUCCAUGAAGCGAGAGUAAUAGCUGAACUGAACGACUCGGUAAAUGCAGGCCCUCUAAAAGAUGGAAAAUCCUCAUUACGCUGUUCAUCUCUAUUAUUAUUUGUGUUGGAUCUUCUGCAAAGAAGGACCGGGUCGACCAGAAACAAAGCUAUUGAUGUUACAGAAGAUUCCAAUCGUCUAUUUCGCGGUAUUCCUGCUGUCAUUUUCGCUAUUGGGCAACAAAAGAAGGAAAUUGAACAUCUGCCACCAAUGUUGCAAAACAUAAAGGUGGUUAUUGAAGAUAUGGGCAGGAAGACAGCCGAAGUGGUAAAAGCAGUACCUAACGUUAGAAUACCAGAAGACAAACCAAUACCAGAGGCGUUACUUAAUAGGAAAAUAGAAAUUAAACCACACUCUACGUUCUCUGAACCCGAACGUCACAAGAAAUAUCCUGAUGUUUCAAGUAAAAUUGAAACGGCACGAAAACACAAGAGAGACUUUCAGCGAAAUGCUUUUGGCACAGUGAAAAGAGCCAGAAAAUGUUUACAAGCAAGCGAAGAGGCGAAAACUUUACCAACAUACCAACUUAUAAAAACUCAGAGCAAAAAUAUUGGACUUCUUAACGAAAUGCAGGAAUGUCUGAAGGCAAUUGAAAGUUUUGAGAAUGAAACUAAACAACUUCAUCUCAAAAAUGAAAAAAAUCAGCAUUCUGUGGCUACACACGUCACAAAAAUACUCCAUGCAGCAUCAGAUGCAUUCGAUAAUUUGAAUAAAUUUGAUGUAGAUAUCAAAUCUAAGCUAGAACAGCCGAAUGUUAGAGAAACGGCAAAAAGGGUUCAGGAGCAAGCAGAAGAAGGCGGCCGUGUAAGUAAGUUUGUAAAUGAUGCAGUAAGUUCCAUGACGCAAGCAAAUCAAGCAAUGAAUGAUGUUGAAAAAGAAUCUACUUCUUUUUUUCGAUCGGGGAUAAAGGCCAAUAAGAUUUUACCGUCCGUAGGAAAUACAGAAGAUUGGGAAGACAGAGGUGAUCGCUUAGCAAUGUCUGUUGAUGAGCUAGCAAAACAUGCUCAUUGCAUUAAGGAAAAUCCUGAAAAGAUAAUAAACGGCAGUUUUACAAACAACAAACCCGCGCUUGUAUCGCAAACGACAGAAGUUGCAAAAGAGUCGUUAGAGAUGUCUGAUAAGGUUUUAAGAGUCUUAGACCAAGAAAAUGGCAGUCGAAAUUCUCCGGGUCAGUUUCGCGUUUUAGAACGUGUCUUUCACCGUGUAUGGCCAGGAUGUGAACACGACACGGACAUACAACAAACGACGAUGGAAAUACGUUCCGAAGCCCAAAAACUCCGCUCGAAAAUCAAUGAACCUGAUGAGUCAGCCAACGAGUUUAAUAAGUUGUCAUUCGUGAUAAACGGUUUAGCUAUAAUAUUUGACCUGUACAAAUUUUUUACGCUACGUAGAACACACCCAAAAGAGGCGUGGUUGCGUGAAGAAAUUGAAAGAAUCAUUAGAAACGACAAUGUAGCGGGUAGAAGGAAUUAAAACUGAUGGUAUUGAAAAGAAUUGCAUUUAUAGUCGUCAUUUUCCAAACAUAUAAAAAAAUGUUUAAUUUCUGGAUGCAGAUGCGUAUUUACUUACUAAUUAUCAUCCUCCCACAAGAGCAAAGGUCUCCAAAAGCAGCAACUCCGUUUGCAUUAUGGUGAGCAAGCAAUUUUCGUCUGUAUCUUUUGACUUCUGUUUGAACAAUGUCCUUCUACAAUGCAUGAAAACUGCGCAACCAAACAUGUAUACAUGAACAUGUCAAUAUAUUCAUCAUGGUGAAAAAAACACGUCCAUUUAAAGUUCCACAAAGCUUGAAUUUUUAUGUUUAAAAUAUAUAAUGCAGCCGUCCAGAUAAAUAUUUUGCAUGCUUAGAAAAGGCACUACUUCCAAUAUUGCACAUGAAGUUGUACCGUACGAACCACAAAGGGUAGUAAUCAGAAUUAUGGAUUGAGUAAUACUUUCUACUAUACUAACUCAUAUUCAGAUGUAGGACAUUGUAUGAGGUAAAAAUUAUCGAAAAUAGGAAUUAAAAAGAAAUUAAUAUUUUUCAUGUUCGUAGCAAAAAGUAUGACAGCAAAGUUAUAAUCAAAGAAUUAUGUGAAAUAAACAUUUGCAUGUUGUAUUACUUGUAAACUUUGCAACAUAGCUUGUAUACAUGUACAUAAUAUUAUAGUCAGGAUAGUAAAUACGUCAGUUGAAACAUUAACAUGUUGUAUUACUUGGUAAAUGUGCUACAUAACUUGUAUACGUGUACAUAAUAUUAUAGUCAGGAUAGUGAAUACGUCAGUUGAAACAUUAACAUGUUGUAUUACUUGUUAAAUGUGCUACAGAACUUGUAUACAUGUACAUAAUAUUAUAGUCAGGAUAGUGAAUACGUCAGUUUAAACAUUUGCAUGUUGUAUAUCUUGUAAACCGUGCAACAGAACUUGUUUACAUGAUCAUAAUAUUAUAUACAAUAUAGUGAAAUACGUUAGUUGAAACAUUUACGAUGUUGUAUUACAACCAGUGCAAAAGAAAAAAAAGAAAAGAAAAAAAAACUUGUAUAUAUGUACAUAAUAUUAUAUUCAGGAUAGUGAAAACGUCAGUUGAAACAUUUGCAUGUUGUAUAACUUGUAAACUGUGCAACAGAACUUGUUUACGUGUACAUAAGAUUACAUUCAGGAUAGUGAAAUAAGUUAAAGGAAACAUUUGCAUGUUGUAUGAUUUGUUAACUGUGCAAAAGAACUUGUUUACAUGUUCAAAAUAUUAUAUUCAAGAUACUAAAAUACAUGUGUUGAAACAUUUACGAUGUUGUAUUACAAACAGUGCAACAGAACUUGUAUACAUGAACAUAAUAUUAUAUUCAGCGUGUUACAUGUUAAAAAAACAUCUUAUAAUUUAGAUAAUUUAUAAAGGUUUCUAUGCUGUUAUAGAGUCUGGAGUCUAGUAAAUUUGCCUGUUCUAUUGCUUGUAAACUGUGCAAAAAAAAACUUGUAUUAUUAUACAUGAGCAUAAUAUUAUAUUCAGAAGAAUGAAAUACGUGUAUUUAACAUUUGCAUGUUAAAUUAAAUACAUGAUAUAAUGUUGAUAAUUUGUGAAGGUCUCUAAGUUGUUAUUGAGUCUGGAGUCUGGUAAAUUUGCAUGUUGUUUUGCUUGUAAACUAUGCAAAAGAACUUGUAUACAUGUACAUAUUUUCAAAAUCAGGAUACUAAAAUACGUCCAUUUAAACGUUUGCAUGUUAAAGUAAAAACAUGUUAUAAUGUAGAUAUUUUGUGUAGGUUUCUAAGUCGUUAUGGAGUCUCGGGUCUGGUAAAUUUAGCAAUUAUUUCAGUCUUAAAUGCAACAGGUAGAUACAUUAUAGAUAUAAUUUCAAAGCAAAUCUAGCAAGUAUGAAGAAGCAAAAAGUGUCUUGAUUGUUUUAGAAACAUGUCCGAAUUAUUAUGUUUCGAGUUUUAGAAAUCUAAAUAAAAGGGAAGUGUAU